AUGGGUGCGGCACUUUGUGCGCGCAGUCGAUCAGUUGCCAGUUCUUCAGUCAUUCUUCGACAGAAGUGCAAGCUGAGUGACACAUGUGGCAGUAUCAACUCGUUCGAGACGGACUUCACGAUCUACCACUUGGCAUUGACCCUGGCGCCCACGUUCGCGCCUGGUGUCCCGACACAUGCGCCCACCCCGGUGACGUAUGGGAUAUACGACACAGGAAAGUGUAAGGGCACCGGGACGACGGACAGCUCAGGAUUGACCGUCGAUGGGUGCGGCAGUUUGUGCGCGCAGUCGAUCGGCUGCCAGUUCUUCAGCCAUUCCUCGACAGAGUGCAAGCUGAGCGACAGCUGUGGAAGCAUCAACUCGUUCGAGGCGGACUUCACGAUCUACCACUUGGCAUUGACCCUGGCGCCCACGUUCGCGCCUGGGGUCCCGACGCCUGCGCCCACCCCUGUGUCCUACACGCAGACGCACUCGACUGGGAUGUGCAAAGGAACGCCGUUGUCAUUUCCCAUCGUGGCGGACCUUCAGGCGUGCGGAACCGCCUGCUCUGCUCAGUCGGGCUGCGAGUACUUCAGCUUCGCGAGCGCCACCGGAGCCUGCAAGCUCACCUCCUCGUGCAACAGGAAUAAGUGGAUGACGGAUUACGCGAUCUACCAGCUGAGCGCGCGGUGA